UGUUACACAGGUCAGCCCUAUUCAGUGUAGGAAGAGUCUGUCCAGGAGGAAACUACUUUGCUACACACUUUUUCAUGGGAGGUGAGAAGUUUGACACCCCCCACCCUGAAGGUUACCUCUUUGGAGAAAACAUGGAUCUGAACUUCCUGGGCAAUCGCCCGGUCCAGUUUCCUUAUGUCACCCCCGCUCCCCAUGAGCCAGUGAAGACGCUGAGGAGCCUAGUGAACAUCCGAAAAGACUCGCUCCGGCUCGUAAGGUAUAAAGAUGGUGCCAAUAGCCCCACCGAGGACAGCGAGAAGCCCCAUGUCCUCUACAGCCUGGAGUUCACCUUCGAUGCCGAUGCCCGGGUGGCCAUCACCAUCUACUGCCAGGCGGUGGAGGAGUUUCUCAACGGGAUGGCUGUGUACAGCCCCAAAAGCCCUGCCCUGCAAUCUGAGACUGUCCACUAUAAGAGGGGUGUGAGCCAGCAGUUCUCUCUGCCCUCCUUCAAGAUCGACUUCUCAGAGUGGAAGGACGAUGAGCUGAACUUUGACCUGGACCGGGGAGUGUUUCCAGUGGUCAUCCAGGCCGUGGUGGACGAAGGAGACGUUGUGGAGGUGACUGGCCACGCCCACGUGCUGUUGGCUGCCUUUGAAAAGCAUGUGGAUGGCAGUUUCUCCGUGAAGCCGUUGAAGCAGAAGCAAAUUGUAGACCGGGUCAGCUACCUGCUGCAGGAGAUCUAUGGCAUUGAGAACAAGAACAACCAGGAGACGAAGCCUUCAGACGAGGAGAACAGUGACAACAGCAAUGAGUGCGUGGUGUGCCUGUCAGACCUGCGGGACACGCUGAUCCUGCCCUGCCGCCACCUGUGCCUGUGCAACUCCUGUGCCGACACGCUGCGCUACCAGGCCAGCAACUGCCCCAUCUGCCGGCUGCCUUUCCGGGCCCUUUUGCAGAUCCGGGCGGUGAGGAAGAAGCCAGGAGCCCUGUCCCCCGUCUCCUUCAGCCCCGUUCUGGCCCAGAGCGUGGACCAUGACGAGCACUCUUGUCCCUUUAAAAAAUCAAAGUCGCACCCUGCCUCACUGGCCAGCAAGAAACCUAAAAGGGAAACUAGCUUGGACAGCAUCCCGCCAGGCUAUGAGCCCAUCUCUCUGCUUGAGGCACUCAACGGCCUCCAGGCCAUCUCCCCGGCCCUCCCCUCGGCUCCCCUGUACGAAGAGAUCACCUACUCGGGCGUCUCAGAUGGUCUGUCCCAGGCCAGCUGCCCACUUGCUGGGCUUGAUCGCAUCAUGGAAAGCAGCCACCAGAAGGGCAAGUCUCGGAGCAAAUCCCCCGACAGCACCCUGCGGUCCCCAUCAUCCCCCAUCCACGAAGAGGAUGAGGAGAAGCUCUCCCAGGACUCGGACGCCCCUCCCCUGCCGAGUGGGGCUGGGCUGGUGCUGAGCAGCUCCCCAGAGAGUUUCCUCACGGAGGAGGUUGACGAGAGGUCAUCGCUAAAGCAAGGGAGCCGUGUACCUUCCAUUGAGAACGUCUUCCAGGAUGGCAGCCCUGAGCCCUGUGGGUGCUGCCAGCCUGGCCCACCCACCGACAUCUACCUUCCAGCCCAGGCACCCGACUCCUGUUCUGUUGGCAUCGAGGAGUAAGCUGGAAGGUCCAUCUCCAUGAAGACGCCGGAGCCUCCUCGCCACUGGCCCCACCUAGCCUCUGUUUGGUGGCCCCAGUCCUGACGUGGAGGCCACCGCCUGACUCAACUCUGAGAGCCUGGCCAGGCUGGCAGCAUGGAGCCCUCAGCUCCCCAGACUUUGCCAAGGGGCUGUCUGGACUCCAUUGAGACCCCUGGCCUCUCCUAUCUGCACACCCUUCAUAGCCACGGCUCCAAGGGGCCCUGCGACCCUUGAUUGAAGAGCACAGUGGCCUGUCCCCCUGACAAACCUUUUUUCCUGCGGUCUCUGUAUUUGUAAAUGGUACACAAUGAAGGACAGCCCCUUUCUGUCUUGGGCACUGAGC